AUGUUUGUCUGGAAUAACAGUAAUGCUUCAGAGACCAUAUUUAUCCUGAAAGGUUUCCCUGGCCUAGAGUCUGUUCAGUCUUGGCUCUCAGUCCCUUUCUGCCUUGCCUAUUUGGUCGCACUCAUUGGUAACAUAACCAUUCUGUCUGUCAUCUGGGAAGAAUCCUCUCUUCAUCAGCCUAUGUACUACUUCCUGUCCAUCUUGGCACUGACUGACCUGGGUAUGUCCAUGUCCACACUUCCCACAAUGCUGACUGUCCUAUGGUUGGAUGCCCGAGAGAUCCGCGCUACUGCUUGCUACGCCCAGCUGUUCUUCAUCCACACGUUCACAUUUCUGGAGUCCUCGGUGCUUCUGGCAAUGGCCUUUGACCGUUUUGUUGCAAUCUGCCGUCCACUGCACUAUUCCACCAUGCUCACCGACAGCGUGAUUGGCAAGAUUGGUUUGGCCUGCUUGCUUCGAAGCAUGGGGGUCGUUCUGCCUACACCUUUGCUCCUGAGACGCUAUCGUUACUGCCGCGUCAAUGCCCUCUCCCACGCGUUCUGCUUGCACCAAGAUGUUCUGAGGUUAUCCUGCUCCAGUGCCCGGAUCAACAGCAUUUAUGGACUGUGUGUAGUUAUUGCCACACUGGGUGUGGAUUCAGUCUUCAUCCUUAUCUCCUACUCUCUUAUUCUGAAUGCGGUGCUGAGUAUCGCUUCUCCUGAAGAGCGACUAAAAGCCCUCAACACUUGUGUCUCUCACGUCUGUGUGGUGCUCAUCUUCUUUGUGCCAGUGAUUGGGGUGUCAAUGGUCCAUCGCUUUGGGAAGCAUCUCUCUCCCGUAGUCCAUGUCCUCAUGGCUGAUAUCUACCUGCUUCUUCCUCCCGUGCUUAACCCUGUUGUCUACAGUGUAAGAACAAAGCAGAUUCGUCUAGGAAUUCUCCGCAAGUUUAGGCUAAGCAGGAGGUUUUAA